ACAUCUGCAUCUUGUCAUAACGGCCUACUAAAGACUCCAUCAUGUUGUUGUUCCUCUUCAUCUUUGGUCUGGCUCUUGGGGCAGUGACUCCAUCAGAUGAGCUGGAAAUGAAGCUGCUGCGUGGCGGUUGUCCCAUGUUCUGGUACAACUUCAAUGGCCGCUGCUACAAGUAUGUUGCCUCACACAUGACCUGGGCUGACGCUGAGCUCCACUGUGUGUCAGAAGGAGCCAACCUGGUGUCCAUUCACAGUCAGGAAGAACACGAUUUUGUCAAUUCUCUGAUCAAGAGCUCUGACCCAACAAGGAAAUUCACCUGGAUUGGACUCACUGAUGUUCAUAAGGAAGGAGGAUGGAUCUGGUCUGAUGGGUCUAAAGUCGGUUUCACCAUUUGGAGUCCAGGACAACCAGAUCAUACUUAUGGACAAGAACACUGUGUACACACCAACUGGUUGAACAACUUCCUGUGGAAUGAUCAUGUGUGCUCAUAUGCGUUUGCUUUUGUUUGUGCAUCACGCACAGUUUGUCCUUAGAGACCAAAAAAUUUCCACCGACACACUUUAUUGAUGUUGGCUUUAAGCUACAGUGGGUGGGUACUCAGAAAAUAUUUGAUUCUAAAUAGUAAUUUCCACAGCUUGUUAGAUUUUU